GUCCUGUAACUCUAUCUCGUCCAGAUGACCAACACAUGAUGCAAACAUUUAUUUUCUAUCAGCCGCCUCAUGGAAGAGGAAACACGGUUAAGUCCCAGAAACAGGAGUGAAUCUGUAUUUACUCAGCGUGUUUGAACGUGGAAGUGAAGACAGAGGAAAAUAGACUUUCACUGUGAAAGGACGAGUCUGGACAGACACAGCAAGGGACCGAGACAUGUCUCCUGCAGAGAGGAUGAAGCUUCUCCUCUUCCUGGCGUCCUUCUUCGGAGCUGUAGGGUUCCUGCUCACGCUGCUCUGCUGUGGGACCGAGUACUGGCUGCUGGCGGCCGAGUCCUGCAGCCGAGCAGAGGACAGACGGGAGACUGGGGGAGACGAGAUGAGGAUCUUUCACGAGGGCUUGUUCUGGCGAUGUUCCUUCGUGGUCACUUCACACGAGUUCUCUGUGUGGGACCUUUGGAUCUCCAAUCAGCCGUCGUCAAAGAUUUGCCAGGCGGCGUUCCUCUUCCCAUUUCCUGUGAAGGAGCCAAUGAGAUCAUCGAUAGACACACUUCCUCCUGAGCCAUAUGAACAUCACUCUGCCAUUGUUUUCAGGACUUUCUGGAGCAUCUUCCUCGUCUCAGGUUUGGCUUCUGUGGUCGCUGGUGGAUUUGUCCUCAUCUGCGCCGGCUCGUUGACCAAUCACAAGCUUCUUAGAGCUGGUGGGGCCCUCCAGCUCUGUGGGGGCCUGUGUCUGCUGGCCGUGCUGUUGAUGUACCUGAUGUGGGUCCAGGUGCUGGACACUCUGGAGCAGUUUGUCCUCCGUCAGAGUGUCUCCAUCUGUCCCUCCUUCCACCUCAGCGUCCAUCACGGCCCCUCCUUCCUCCUGGCCCCACCAGCCGUCUUCUUCUGCCUGCUCGCCGGCCUGCUCUUCGUCCUGAUUGGCCGGAUUGCACGGCGAGACCAGAAGAAGGACAGAGACCCUGAGACCUCGGUGUAGGAUCCACUUUGUCCAGCCUGAAGCUUUGAUUGACAGGAGGUCACUCGGCGAGGACCAAACAUCACAAACGUGGAAUCUCUCCCCCCGCUGAAGAUAAUUGGAAUCCUUAAUUGGAGACUUGUCAUGAUAAAUAGUUUUUCUAAUCUAUUUAACAGAUCCCAUUGUGAUUAAUACCCAGAUUCACUCGCUCUGAUUUGAUUAUAAUUGAUGAAUCAGUUUUGACAAUGCAGUGGCGUGCAGGCGGCUGCUGGGCUGCUGGUGUGCCUGUCACUGGGACGUCAGGCUGAAGCACACUGGGUCACUGGGAUGGAGAUGAUAAUAAAUUAGACUGUCAUAAUCCAUUUUCUGACAGGAGGCCUCUUCGGAGGUUGUGUAAAACACUGAGCGGUCACUAGAGGACAGUGUUGUCUCAGGAUAAAGUGAAGUAUGGCAACAUCAGAUCAGGCCUGUGGACGAUCUGUGUGAUAAGUGAUGGUUGGUUUGAAUUCUCCUGUGUUCGCCAAGUUUCAGUGGAGUUGGUAUAAUA